ACUGCCGCUACACGUGUCACCAGGAGUGUCGCAGCCUCAUCCAGCUGGAUUGUCGCCCGCCGGGCCAGUGCCAGGUCCAGCUGUCCCCAGAGAGCACCCUGCUGUCACCCUGCAGCCAGCGCGGGGCUCGCAGCGGGGACCCCGAUGGUCGCCGGCCCCCCGAGCCCCCCGGCUCGCCCGCUGCCCCUCGCCUCUGCCGGGCUCCCAUCGGCAGCAGCAUGAGCAGCGGCUACUGCAGCUUGGAUGAAGACCUCGAGGAUUGCUUUUUCACGGCCAAAACCUCCUUCUUCCGCAGCGCGCACRGCAAGGUCCCCGCCAAGAAUGUGGCACAAACAGUCGAGGAGGAAAAACCCGAGCCCCCGACCGUCCAGGAGAUCAAGCAGAAGAUUGAAAAGUACAACGCAAAGGUCACCAACUGCCUGCUGAUGAAACUGAACGACGAUGGGACGUACACGGGGUUCAUCAAGGUGCACCUGAAGCUGCGGCGUCCUGUGACGGUGCCCGCUGGCAUCCGGCCCCAAUCCAUCUACGAUGCCCUCAAGGAGGUCAACCUGGCCGAGAUGACGGACAAAAGAACCUCCUUCUACCUGCCCCUGGACGCCAUCAAGCAGCUCCACAUCAGCAGCACCACCACGGUGAGCGAGGUGAUCCAGGGGCUCCUCAAGAAGUUCAUGGUGGUGGAUAAUCCCCAGAAGUUUGCACUUUUCAAGGAGAUGAGGAAAGAUGGGCAAGUGCUCUUCCAGAAGCUCCCUCUCACCGAGUUCCCCCUGUACCUGCGGCUGCUGGCGGGCCCUGACACGGACGUGCUGAGUUUUGUGCUCAAGGAAAACGAAACAGGGGAAGUCGAGUGGGACGCGUUCUCCAUYCCGGAGCUGCAGAACUUCCUGAUGAUCCUGGACAAGGAAGAGAAGGACAAAAUCCAGCAAGUGCACAGGAAGUACGAGAGGUUCAAACAGAGACUGCAACAAACCUUGAAAGAAGCCAGGAGCAAACCUGGAUAACCUUUGGGGYGCACUGGGCACCAGACUAAGCUAGAGACUGUUUUUACAUGAAAAGACUUCUCAGGACACCUUAGUAGUCAUUCCCCCUCYUCCCUCUUCUGUAAGGACUGGCUCCCUGCACCCCUAAAAACACCCUGUGGCAUUUUCUUCUUCUGAAACCUCUUCUCCCAGGACCAGAGCCAGUCCAAGAACAGGAAUCCUGUUUUUAAAACAGCUUCAGCAAAACCAAACCCAGCUGCUGGUCGGCUUUCCAGCUGUGCCACCCACCGCAGAGCCUCCCUGGAAAAUUCUCGGUGUGACACCCAACAGCACCCAUCUGCUGGCUGAAACUCCUCCCAGCGAGCUGCUGGUUCCUGUUUGGAGCUGCUGCAGCCCACGGUGCCCUCGUGGCCCAGUUGUGGUUUCACAAGGAGAGCACGACAGGAAAAGGGGAGGAGGUUGUUGCGCCAACCCACGUGGGUGUUGCAGCUUUAGCCGGCGCUGGAUGGACUCGUUCAGGGCUCAGGUAGCCAGGGAAAUGUCAGAUUAUGACACCAAGGCAGCUGCAACACCCCAGCAGUCUGGUAGUAAUUGUUAUUGCAACUUGGUAAUGGUAAUUCGCAGGAAAAUCACUCAUUUUGGUUCUGUUUGACUUCUGAUUUUGAAAAGAGCUGGAYAACAGUGAAUAUCCUGAUGCUUAGCUGAGUUAACCAGUGUUUUACCAGUUUUCUACUCUGUAGGAAUCGGGACCUAUGUUUUCAGAAAUUCUGUUUGAAAAUGGUAAAGAUGAUGGUUGGGGCACAGGCUGAGGGUUCAGGAUGGAAUAUUCAGCAAUAUUUGUCCAUCAGACCAGCCCAGGAAAGCUCAAAACCCCUUCACAAAGCAGAUUUUGAGCUGUGAGAUUGUCUGGCCCCGAGGGAGAGGAGUCCCAGCCAGGGCUCGGUGUGGAGGUGGCCCCAAGUGAGGGAAUUCUUAUUCCUGGGUGCUUUCUGCUCCCCUCACCUGCGCUUCCUCCUGCUCCCCUCUGUCACCCCAUCCCUGUGCCCCAUCCCAUCACCCCCACACUCAAUUGGUGCUCUCCUGCACGUCCAGGAAGCUUCCCCGCAUUUGCUCUCUCCGUGCAGCUCGGAGAGGACAGCAAAGUCUCUCUCUGCCUCUCAGGGCUCCCACCACGCUGAGCAUCCCUCAGAAAAGGCCUCGAGCUCCAUGGUGCUGUGCAGGGAUCGCUGCYGGGCUGGGGGAGAGGAUGGGCCCCGUGUUUACCCUCAGUGCUUCAAACCGAGCACGCUGCACACAGCCAGGGCCAGCCUCCCCUCUGUUUACAGCACAGCAGAGUGCAGGGACUGGGGAAAGGUGAUGCUGGACUGGGAUGGAGCAGGGAAAGGGAUCGGUGUGGAUUUGAUCAGCGAUUGUCCCUUCGAGCUCACUGUGGCUGCUGUGAUCCCACCUGCAUCCAGCGGGAGGGGGAGGCGGCAGCUUCUUGGGGAACGUGGAGGAGUCUAAAAUUUACCUCAGUGCCUUUUUUUUUCCCUUAAGUGUGAAAACUUUGCAUUUGGGCUAAGAAAGAAAGUGUGAGGAGGCCUUGUCACUGCUGUCCCCCAGUGCCCCCAGUACUGGUGUGACGAGGCCGCUGUGUUCGUGGAGGGAUGAGGAGCUGUUUUGUUUCUUUCUUGCAGGUGACUGCUUGGGAUCUUUUUUUUUCCAGAUUUUGAGUAUGUUUGUUUCYAGAGCACGUGAGAGUAACUGCAUCACUUCAAGGCCUCGGUUUGUGUGAAAGGCACUUUUCUGCCAAGCUCAGCUCCUGCUCUGGUCAGCGGCGAGGGUUUGCUGUACUGUACUCGACACCCAAYGACCUUUAACAACGCGCUGGCGGCCACAGAGCAGCAAUUCUCAUGCUCUGGGGCUGUUUGGCCGCUUACAAGCAGAUUCAGUGCUUCACUGGUCACUGGUGAAGUCAUUUAAAUCCCAUUUAUCUGGUGCUUUGAGCCUUGACAGCACCGUAUAAAUACUUCUGUUCCACCGCGGGCAAGAACGCUGUAAAAACCGCCCGUGGCUCUGAGAGGGAAGAGCCACACGCUUGGUUUGAAAUCCCUUUUCUUUCUGGCUGAGAGCUGUGCAGGUUUCCUUUUUUUUGGUUUUUUUUUUUUGGUGAGUUUUGGUGAGGUCCCCUCUCCCUUCCCAGCCCCCAGCAUGUCUUUGACAGUUUGUAGAAGGCAUGGCUUCGUAUGCAAUCACUGUGGAUGCUGCUGAAAACCUCCUACCCCCAGGAGGGCUCUUUCUUUUCAUUUUUUCAACACGAGGGGCAUUUGAAGAGUUGGUGGGUGUYGAAACUCGAAUCCUCAUGGGUCAGUUGAGCUGUUUCUAGAAGUAUUUGCCCCUCCUUUAAGCGCAAAAUCCUGUUGGCAGUGCCUUUGGUUAGCAAUUGUCUCGCCUAGGUCGUGUGAGUUUUAUUUUUCAUGGCUACUGUAAAACCUGUAAAAUAAUGUGUAUAGGAUGGAAUAGUAGAGCUUCUAUGGCAAAGUGAAAUGCAUUUUUGCAAUGCUGUAAUUUAUUUUUACUACUCCCCAGUAAUUCUAUGGCAUUUUUACAAAAUGUCUCACUCUCAGCUUUUUUUGAAGGUUUGGAACUAUUUGUUCAUAAGCAGACAAUGUAAGAGACAAUGAUAAUAAAACUGUCAGUAAUUGAAAUCUCUUGAGUUUCUUUUCCUGGUGCCCUUCUGUGGAACUUCCAUGGAUUAAGUCUAAAGGGAAAUACAGGAAUCCUACAUAGAAAUGAAUUUAAAUUUCCUACUCUAYUGUUGAAGAGCUAAAGAACAUCUCACCCCUGUGAAAACCCGACCAAAGUGUUCCAUUAAUCUUAAUAUUUCAGCUGGGRGAGAGAGAACUGUUACCUGUGAUAAAUUA